AUGGCACGCUCGCUGGCCUUCGUCCUCGUUUGUGCCGUUUCUCCGGCCGAUGCAGACUGGGCACUGCUGAACUUGAUACGUCACGCGGAGCGAUAUGCGGACAAGUCGAUCACUUACCUGGCGCCCGACGGCAAGGACCGUGCCGAGUACAUCGCGCGUUGUGCUACGGCAAAAGCGCCAAGUCUGAUGUUUCCACGGCCGCCCUCGGCUCUGCUGGCAGGGAAGCGAGAAGAACUCACGGGGCACAACUCAACACGGCCGUGGGAGACCUUGCACCCCUUGGCAACGAAGUCCGGCCUUCGACUUGACAAUCAUGUGGAUUUCCAGGAUGUGUUGGGCUUCAAGGCCUAUCUGAAGACCCUUCCGAGUGGAAGCAGCGUGUUGGUUGCCUGGGAGCACAAGAUGAUGGGCCAGCUGGCCCAGGCUGUGGAUCCAGAGGGCCUCGCACCUGCAAAGUACCCAGACCAUUGCGACUCAGAGUGGAGAGAGCCUGAGUAUACCAUGGGUGCCUGCUACGACGUGAUCUGGCAGUUUGUGUUGUAUCGCAGCCCGGGAGAGAGCUGGCGGGCCAAAGCCUUUUCUCAUUUGCACAUGGGCUUUGCGGGUCGCGGCUCCAAAUGCGCCGAAGCUUUCGAGCCCUUCUCCAAUCCCGGCAGCUGGCCUCUCAUGGAGGAAGGCGGUGUCUCGAUGGUUGCACCUGGGAUGAUCCCAGCGUGUGCCCUUGGCUUCUGCUCUCUCCUUUUCGUGCUUGGUCGCCUACACGCACUUCUCCCCGUUCAAACCCGAGGGACCCGUCUUGGAAAAGAGCCGCUUCUAGAGAAGAGCCCAUCUGAGAAUUACAUCCUGGUCUGCUGA